GAGGUGUUGGUGGGGAGGGAGUACACAGAGCUCAAAUCCAUUUCUGCCACUGCUGCUGGAGGCUCGGCACAUUGCAAAGGCAUAUGGAGACGCACAAGGAGCGGAGACAACACAGAUGGCUAUUGACUGGACCCUGCUGAUAAACUACUGGGGACUACAGGACAGUGCAUUCACAACGCUUCUAUUACUCUGAGCAAAGGAAAAAAGUUUUUAUUUUUUCAUUCAGGAGCCAGCUGAUAUUCCUCUGAAUGGAAAAACAUAGUUUGAGAUCACAGAAGAUGGGAAUGUUUUUGAGGAGAAUUUAACAGCAGAAGUAGAUCAAACCAAACCGAGCGAAGGAAAAGGACACACAUGAGAACAACUACCAUGCACUGACAAGGAAUGGAAAGAAUCAGCGYGGAAACAGACUGGGAUGGGUUAGGUCUCUCCUCUCCGGGCGCCGCAGGAAGGAACAUCUCCUUGUUUGUCACUGAGCUGAACUCCUUCAACGCUUCUCGCAGUGGGGGAUCCCUGUUCGGGAUCUUUCCUGAGAAUGGCUCCAACACCACUCCUCACACCCUGUCUCAGCCCAGGACCCGGGACCAGGGCUUGGCUCGGGCUGAGAUUGCGGUCCUAGGGGUGGUGCUGGCUCUCACCACCCUGGGCAACAGCUUUGUGUUGUGGGUGCUCCUGAGGAGGAGGAAGCUCAACGCGCCGAUGCACCAGUUCAUGGUCAACCUGUGCGUGGCUGACCUGGUGGUGGCACUCUUUCAGGUUCUUCCUCAGCUCAUAUGGGACAUAACCGAGAGGUUUCAGGGGCCUGACCUGCUGUGCAGGUCCAUCAAGUACUUGCAGAUAGUUGGGAUGUUUGCUUCCUCCUAUAUGAUAGUUGCCAUGACAGUGGACCGACACCAUGCAAUCUGCUGCCCGUUGCAGGCCUAUCGCGUUGGGGCCAUGUACCGUUGGAACACUCCUGUUAUGGUGGCGUGGGGCCUGGCACUGGUGCUCAGCAUACCACAGGUGUUCAUCUUCUCUCGCUCUGAGGUGUCCCCCGGGGUGUUCGAGUGCUGGGGCAACUUUGCCGAGCCGUGGGGGCUGAAGGCCUACGUCACCUGGAUGACCGUGGCUGUGUUCCUGCUGCCCGCCCUCAUCAUAACCAUCUGUCAGAUACGAAUUUUUCGCGAGAUCCACAACAACAUCUACCAGAAGUCGGAGAGGAUGGUGAUGGCUGAGAUGAAGAGGAACGAAAUCCUCUUUCGCUUCCACAGCUUCCAGAAGGAGGAUGAGCGGGCCAAGGAGAGGGGGAGGAAGGCCUCUGGAGGAGGAGGAGCGGGGGGCGGCAGGGAUGGACGAGGAGGAGGACAGCUCUUAAAGGCUGCGAAUGACACUACCCACGGUCACAUUCAUGGCAGCCCGGUGGACGAGUGUUAUGACUACGUCCCGGCUGUCAUCCAGUACAGCAGCUGCCGCAACGAACACCAAACUGCAACAAUGGACGAGCAAACGCCAAGCAGCUCUGACUUCAAGGAGCCCUGCGCCAACUCUCCCCGCUGCUCCCUUGAUUACACUCCCCCUCCUCCUCCUCCUCCUCCUCCUGUGGUCACCCCACCUCCAAGUAUCACUAAAGCCAUGUCCAAGACGGUGAGGAUGACCCUGGUCAUCGUGUUGGUCUACACUGUCUGCUGGUCGCCGUUCUUCAUCGUGCAGCUGUGGGCCGCAUGGGAUCCUCACCCUCCAGAUCAAGUAGGAGUGGCCUUCACUAUCCUGAUGCUGCUGGCCAGCCUGAACUCAUGCACCAACCCGUGGAUCUACACGGCUUUCUCCAGCAGCGUGUCCAGAGAGCUCCAAAACCUGAUCCACUGUCGGACACGGCUCGGCCGCCGGGGCUCCCUGCCCGACGACUCCACGGCCACGCACACCUCCUGCACCAAGGACACCCAGUACUGAUGGGGCCGACGAGACGGAAGCUCGCACGCCGAGAACGCGCCUGGAAAUGCACCAGCUGCAAGGACGUGCCGCUGCACAACAGAUCCACCGUCAGACGCAACGUCACAGCUGCAGAACGGCCUGACCUCUGCCAGCUGCUUGCAGCUACAAAGACAGCUGUUUCAUCAGCAGGACAUUCAUCUGUUAUCACCUGUCUCCCCCACCCGUCUACUAAAGGAAGGGUGUCAUUGGAGAUGUCAACACCGUGUGCAAGCUAACCUCUCAGUGCAGCCGAAAUGCAAAAUGACCUGGAAAGUAAAGAGAUUCUGACUUAAGCAGCUCCCGAGGCGUGCAGCGAGUCAAGAGAGGAAAAAGAAAACAGGAACACUGACUGACUCUGACACAGCGGAGCAGCAGGAAUGUAAAAGACGGGUUGCUGCGUUAAUGAGCUCACAUGUAAGGUCCAAAACAGCAAAGAAAUGCUUGGGAUGGAAAGAGAACCAAGCAGCAGUAAAAAAGAAUGCUACAGAUUAAUCUGCACAAAAUGUGUUGGAUUAAAGAAAAACAAUUAAAAACAGGAACUGGAGGCUGAGCUCAGAUUCAGUUCAGCUUUGAGGAUUCGCCCAAAAGAACAGAGGACUGGAGUUGAGACACAGCCCCGCCAGGAUACUGUGGAUUAAUACACAGAAAGAAAAAAACACCCUCAAACAAACAAAAGAGGGUAAUAAUUUAACAAGAACAAACAGAUUAUCCACAACCAAGUGGGUCGCCAUGAAGUGACUGCUUGUUGUGCAAACAGAAUAAAAGUCGCACUAAAUGACGUUCUGAACUCUUGGAAGUAUGAAACAUAAACAUUAUGUUGAAAAAGGAAUGAAAACGUUUUUGUAACAUUCCAUGCGCAGCACAAACAAUGUAAAGUAUAUUUAUUGAACAUGUACGGCACAUUAAAUGUUWAUACACUUAAUUUAAAAAGAGCUGAAUGUAUAUUAUAAACUGUAAUGAUGUCAAACCAAAGAGUGUCAUAGWUCCUUUGAGGUGGAUUUCUGUGGAAAGGUAAAGAAAAGCAGCUAAUAUCUUACCUGUUGCAGACGGCGUUAUGAAUGAUCUCAGACUGGAUAAAACGACUUAAUCCUGAUUGGAUUGAGGAGUGAGCCAGACAGGAACAAAGGUUAUAGUAGACUUUUGCAACUAAAAAACUCUAAUCCCUAAAAUUCUAUUCUGCUUCAUACAAACAGUGUUUUAUAAACCAUCAUUUUCAGGUUUGCAUUACAUGGAUUUUUAAAUAAGAGUCGGCAAAAGCAGCUAGCAGCAGCAGCAGCUAACAGUGGUGCUUUAGCUGCAGCUAGGGCACUUCAAACUUCAGUUUUCUAAUGUUUCAGGUGGAAUAAGAAUAUUAUGCGAAACUAACUGAUGUAAUUUAUUUCUUUAAAGCAUUCACGUGAACUCCUUUGUCAUUUUUAAUAUUGGAGCUGUUUUAAGACAACAGUACUUUGGUCUCGACCCAGCUCGGAUAGUGGUGAUGUCACUUAGCAGUGUAGCUACUGACAAGCUACACAAAGCUGUCUGUCUUUGAUUUUUUACCUGGAUUACUGAGAUGCAUCAGGACACUGUCUGUUAAGGUACAUGUAGUUGAUUCCCAGUCCACUCUUUGUCCGGAGUCUUAYAGAUACAAAACCUUGUCAUCUCAGGAUAUUAAACCUCUUUUGAUAA